CACUGUCAGUUAACCUUAUUAACCAGUUAUACUAACGAAAUGUGGUCAUUCUUUAAAGGAAACAAGAAACUUGUUGCAAACCAGGGUACCCAGACAGUAGUUAGCAGAAAAUAUCGUGGCGAAAUUAAUCUUAAACCUGAUGAAGAAGAAAAGCUUUUCUUUUCGCUGUUAGAAUACACUCCAUAUCAAGAUAUUCAGGGUCAAAACAACAAGAUUAUUAAUUUACCGCAACCAAAACCGCCGAAAGCUUUAUUAAGAAGUGCGUCCAACGCCAGAAACAGAAAUUUUCUUUUAUUAGAUGAUGAUGGCGUACAAGAGUUAUUUUUGCAAAUGAGUGCACGGUCAAGAAGCAGCAGUUUGAAGAAGGUUAUUGUAUUGUAUCAAGACAGUGAGACUCAGACCGUAUUACACGCACAACCACAUAUUUUGCAGGAUGAUCAGGUUGCUAGUGUUAGCGCUGAUGCUGCUAUACAAACGAAUCCUGUAAGAAAAGGCAUGCUUAAAUGAUAAAGAAAUAAUAUAACAAUAAUUAUUCUGUUAUUUGUUGUAAUGUUAUUUUUUGUCACCACCUAUGUUUGUCGUAUUGAUUAUCAAGACAGUAUAUGUCAAAAUAACAGUUUGUGUUCGUCCAAAAAAUAUGCAACUUUUGUUGGAAAUUAUCGUGUAACUGCAUUUUGCUACACAGUUCCAGAUACAAAAACUCAUGGACAGAUUUCUGUUGCGGAGUAAGUCUAGUUCGAGCAUGGAUGACAAUAAACAUUACUCUUUUCACGAUACCAUUCUCCGGAAAUUCAAGUUCAUCAAAACGCUGAAGAACUAUGUCCUUUCCAAAAUUCGCAGUGCCAAAUACGACUUAGGCAACGGUUCCCACCAAGAAGUCAGCGUCAUUUCGUACGAUCAACGGAGCUUCACCGAUGUUGAGAAAGAAUUUGAUUUACAAACAUCCGUCAAAGUAGAUACACAAGCUGUUCAAAAUUUAAAGAAAGUUUUAAACGAAAGCCUCCAUAAUAAAAAUGUACAGAACAGUACGUAUUUAGAACUGUUAGAAAUUGCCGAAAAGACUUUCGCACGACAGCUGGACAUAUUCGAAGGAAUAUUAACAAUACUUAAUGCAAAAAAUAGUGAAAACAAUUGUGUGCAAAAGAAACAGAAACAAUUAGUAGCAAGCUUCAUAAACGACGAAUCGAUCGAUGCCUUCGCGGAAAGUAUUGUCAAAAAUUUGAUCAACGAGAUUACGAAAAGUAUUUCGGGUACAGGACAACGAUCUGUUGAAGGAAAAUUGAACGCUGAGAUUGAGGAAGAUCUUGGAUAUUCUUAUCAAAUUAAGCAAGCUAAAGUGCGGACGUCAAGAGCCGAGGAUUAAUGAAGGCACUGCACAUUCGGUGCACAAAUGGAACUGCAAGCAAUUAAUGCAAUAAAUGUGUAAAAUUUUCUAGUUUUGUUGAAGUUCUUAAUAACAAGUUUAGCAUUUGGAGUUCUAUGAAAAAUCUGACACAUUUUAACUUCUAGUCGAUGUUUUAAAAAUUUUCAUCAAGUUGGUAUACAGGAACGCGAUGGUAUGGAUGUUGCGGGGUACAUAUUAAUCGUGCCACCUUCAAAAAAAUCGUAAAUGGAAAAUUAACAGCAAUAUCCAAAAAAAUUAUAGAUUCUAUUUGCAGCAAAAAUACUCAUUUUAAAUUCUGGGUGACUAUUAAUGAUCGAAGCAAAUUUUUGUGUUGGCAGAUCUGAAUUACUGGCAUCCAUGCUGCUACGUCAGUUCACAGUUGUAAAUUUUGCCAUGAAAUAUUAGUAGUCACCCGGUAGUUUCUUUAUGAAUAAUGCAUAUUAAACU